AUGUUUAUGUUGGAUGAUACAAUCACCAUAAUUACAUCUGUAUUUGGUGACAAGAAUCUGCAUGUGUGGAAAAAUGGAUCAAGUCAACAACCAUUAGCUGCAAGAGACUAUGCAUCGAGUACAAUUAUUCCAACUUGUAAUGUUGUGAUUGACAUAUCAAAUGCUGCAAAAGAUUUGAUUGAACAAGAUAAUACUCUUUACAUGCUUCCAUCAACCCCACAAGCACUGUUGGAUUUAAUGGAUGGCUCUACUGGACCUGAUGCUAUCAUUGUUGCAGAAAAGAAUGUUGCCCUUUUGACUCCCCGAGCUGGUUCGGAUGCCUACUUAGCAUCGGUGUUGGAAUCGAUGGAAUUCUGUUUGAAGUUGCGGGGUUCGGAAGCUUGUGUUUUGGAGGACUUAGCAAAAGCUAUCAAUCUGGUGCAUAUCAAGAAGGAUCUUGUGGAAAGUGGUCACGCGUUGCUAAACCAUGCUUAUCACAAUCAACAAGAAUACUAAAGGUAUGAGGGUGGAACUGGAAUCUGUGAUCCUGAUGGAAUUGGAAUAUGUGAUUCCGUUCCGAUGCCAAAUAAACGGAGUUUAAUUCUAUCUGAAGAUGUAACCAGAAUCAGUGAUUCCGACAGAAUUGGAAUCAGUGUUUCCGAUGGAACCAAGACCUUACAAAAACUUCAAAUGAAAACCAAAAUUGCAAGAGAACCUUUUAACAUUAUGGUUAGUGUAAUGGAAUGUAUUAUUGUAUAUGUAUGAUGUAGGAU